AUGAACAAGAAAAGGUUUGCCGAGGAAGAGAAGGCUCUUGGCUUCAACUGGCGACCAGAUGGCCUUCUGAUGCACGAAGUCUUUGGAAAGCUUGUGCCCGAAUCUCUGAUGUACGACUGGUGUCAUGUGUAUUUAGUUGGCGGUGUUGCGGGUACAGAGGUUGGAUUGCUGCUUGGUGCCUUGCAAGACUCGGGCUUUGAAAUGUCAGAAGUGGAAGGUUUCGUGAAAGGCUUCACGUGGCCCAAACAACAUGGUUGCUGCGUGCCCAAAGGGCUUUUCAGUAAGCGAUCCAAGAAGACAGACCCUCUGAAAUGUUCAGCUUCUGAACUGCUCAGCAUCAUGCCAUUGAUCAGAUUGUUUAUUGUCAGCUUUGUUGGAGGACGUGUGGGUGAUUCUUGCGCUGCAGUGGUUGCUUGCUUUCUGAUGCUCAUGAAGGUCAUGGACCUUUUGGUCAAAAUCAACCGCGGCAAGCAAGUGAGCCCGGCACAGCUCAAGCAAACAAUUUUCGAUCAUGCCAAAGCCUUUCUGGACAUUCACGGCCAUGAUUAUUGGGUUCCAAAAAACCACCUUGCCCUCCACUUACCCGAUAUGCUUCGACGGGCUAAGACUUUGGUGUCCCUUUUCACGCACGAGCGCAAACACAAAGCAAUCAAGCGCUUUGCCAACAAUUUGACGACUUCGACUCUGUCGUACGAAAAGAGCAUGUUGGAAGACCUGUGGUCGACUCAGCUUGAAACAUUGGCCGAACCGUCUGCUUUUCCAAGCGGUGAAAUUGUUUUUACUGGGCAGAAAGCCGCGCCGCGGGCUCUACGUGAGGGUUUGGGCCUGCGGGCGGAAGACAUCUCUGUGUCCCAGAUGGCUACAAUAGAUGGUUUGAGGGUAUAUGCCAAGGAUGUUUGCUCAUUCAUUUCCUCAGGUGAAGAACGGAUUGGCCAGGUAUACUGUCAUGUUGUCGUUUAUGGUGUGAAGAUGACAUGCAUCAGUGAAUGGACCUUGUUGCAACCGUCCAUUUUCGACAUGACCGAAACUUUGAUUUUU